UUUACGUAGGUUCUACCUGGGAACCAAAUAGCUACCCCAGGGAAUAUUAGAACUUGACUUGCUCCCUUAUCCUAUUUUUCGUGUCUCACACUAAAGUAAAGAAAUGAGAGAUGCAGAAUUCUAAGGCUAAAUAGCUGGACAAUACAAAUUCAAACUUUAUUGUUCUUUAAAGUACCUGGAGGCAAUUCUAAUUAUCGGGGGAAGAAACAUAAGAGAAACAAAAGCCAAAUGCUUUCCACCGGAGUCCUCCUUUUUGCUGUUUUGAUUUCAACUGCACUGGCUGGACCAUGGGCUAAUAUAUGUGCUGGCAAGUCUUCCAAUGAGAUCAGAAUGUGUGACAGCCACGGCUGUGGCCAGUACACUGCUCAAAGAAAUCACAGGCCUCAUCAGGGUGUGGACGUGUUGUGCUCUGAUGGAUCUACUGUUUAUGCACCUUUCACUGGAAUGAUUGUGGGCCAGGAGAAACCUUAUAAAAACAAAAAUGCUAUCAACAAUGGUGUUCGGAUAUCUGGAAGAGGUUUCUGUAUUAAAAUGUUCUACAUUAAGCCGAUUAAAUAUAAGGGUUCUAUCAAGAAGGGAGAAAAACUGGGAAGCCUGCUGCCCUUGCAGAAGGUUUAUCCCGGCAUACAGUCCCACGUACACAUUGAAAACUGUGACUUGAGUGACCCUACUGCAUACCUAUAAAAGAAGACCAGUGAAAGUGACCAGAUCUAAAUAGAAAGUCAUCUUCUUAAAAACCUGGAUGCAUACCCUACUCUUCAAGCAAUUUGUGUUCAAAUAGAAACAUGAUGAAUACAAGAAAGCAAAUAGAAUUUUUAUUUUAACUCCUUGCCACUUUGAUGUUUGAUUGUCAACUAAUUUCUCAGGACUCUCUGAGAGUCCUGAGGUUUGCACUGAUUAUAUAGAUCACCUAUGGGAUCUGAGAUUUUUUUUUUUGAAGAUUUCUCAGUCCUGAAUACAUAGGAUAUAUACACAUAUGAACUCAAGCUGGUAUAGACUGCAUUUGGACACUUCUAAACCUAGCUAUCAUUCUGCUUGAAAAUGAACGGUCUAACGUUUUUAUGUCACAAGAAUAGAGUGCUGUACAGUGCUAGACAUAUACACACGUACUUAAUAAACAGUAACUGAGUAAA